UGAAAGCAGCAUAUCGAUAUUUUUUAUUAGAAUUUACACGCAAACAUGUACUGUAUUUCUUUAUUUGGUGCAAUUCUAACUCUGACUGCUAGGUGGCAGCAGUUUUUCCUGCCUUCAUCCUAGGGCGGGGCAAUAUGGCCUAAAGUAAAUAUCACGAUACAUUGAGGAUUUCACCUUGAUUACGAUAAAUGGACGAUAACUACAUGUAUGCGCAGAAACAAAAGUUGUCCGGGUGUCACAUGCAUUACGUGACUCAAGGUGGUGCAGCGACGUUGCCAACCUACACACAUCUUUUCAUUGUUUUACUAUCAAUUUUAUUGACAUGGGAAACAUUUUCUUGAUAAGAGUUAGACAUUUUGAUUAGGGCUGCCACAAACGACUAUUUUAUUAGUCGAGUAAUUGCCAGUUUUGUUGCUGAUUAGUCGACUAAUCGUGUGUCAUGCAUUCUGUCACACGCCCACAGAUACACACCUUUUCGAUGGUCGUCUCAUAUUUCCUUUCUGUCAUUGUGAUGAAAUGUACUCGGCCUGGUUAAUUAUUUUGUAUAGUAUUCUGGGUUGAACUUCUUGAUCAUAUCUUUAAAACCUUGAUCUCCGACCAUGAAUGAGGUCUCGUGUCUAUUACCAGCAUGUUCAAAAUGGCCUUGGUCAGGACGUUGGCUUGUUGCAGUGUGCACGUGUUUGGCCUUGUAAGAAACUUGUCCGUUGUAGAAGAAGAGCACUUAGCACUGUAACGUAGCGGUUAGCGUUUGUAACAUUAAAGCAAAUACGUGACAUAGAUACGUGUUCUAAACAUAUAAUCGCCAUCACUACUAUUGUUGCUACACCUAUGAUGCUAGCAGCUAACAAGAGGUAAACUUAGAGGCGACUCUUUGUUCUCCGCCGUCACGUGCUUCCUUUUAAGAUGCUCGUGCAUCGUCGAUGUGCUCCUGUGAAACAAGAGUUUUACCUUACAGAGUUUGCACUCUACUUCUCAGUUGUUUUCAUAAAAUGCUCACAAACCAUUGAGCUCCGUUGCCGACUCGCCAUGAUGCGAGUAAGUGAUUCUGAUUUGAAUGCUGAGCUGCAGUGGCACUACUGCGCAUGUGCCUCGACUCACGUAAGCAGCGGCUGACACGGGUGGCGGCUAGCGCACAUGUGCGUUGAGCAGAGAGGCAGGAAGCAAAUGCCGAACGUGCCGCAGCAGGUGAGAUUUAAAAAAUGCUCAUACAAUAAACAACGCGUCGACUAUUAAAUUAAUCGUCGUCAUGACGCGUCGACUAAUCAUGGCAGCCUUAAUUUUGAUAACGAUACAUUUUCGAUUUAAUACCCAGCCCUACUUCAUCCCAAUGAAAUGAGAUUUUGCAACAUCCCUGGAUGUAUCUAAGAAGCUUCUGGGCUGACUUCUCCAGUUACAUUCAGUCUUAAAAACCGAACACUGUCUGGCUUUAAAAAAAAUUAGCUUUUAGCAUCGUAACAUAUCAUAGGGUUAGAGUUGUGAUAUAUUACUUAUUUCCACAUUCUCGCCAAUCCGUCCUAAUGCAGAAGAUCCAGAGACAAGAUGGUAAAUUGGUUUUCUAGUUCAUGCUUUAUUUAUUUGAGCCUUAUACCUUGGCAAAAAGGAAUCCCCAGUCCUGAUUGGCUGGAGGCUAUCAAUAAUCCAUGUCUGUUUUAUUUCUGUAUAACUGAACACCCCUAUGAACCAUUGUACAGUUGCCCUUAAAAACCAACGUUCCAGAAAGCGGCGGGCAUUUAGUUUCAGUCGCGCCGAGACACAAUAAACUGGUUUCAAAAGACUUUCAAUAUCCCAAAGAGUCAUGGCUGAUGAAUAAAUUAGCUUUCCAAAGCUCAGUUAAUGCAUUUGUCAAGUUAAACUGGAUCAGUAGUCUUGUUUAUCUAAGCACAGAGGCAGAUUCAUGCAAGAAAAUACAGGAAAUGACAAAUGUUUUGUGCCCGCCUGGGCAACUUUUCCUCUAGUUUGAGAGCGUACGUGUCAAAUAUAUUUUUGUCUCCUGUGCUGGUUGGAAGGCUGCUGGUGCAGGUCGGAAACUUGCUGCUGUGUGGUUGCAAACUGACAGCAGUACUGAAGUUCUGAGUUAAAUGGAAAAGCGUGAGGGCAUUAUUGGAAAAGGAAACCAGACAAACACGGUUUGCUUGUUCUGUAGUUUUUUGUGGUCCGCCCUAAAUCCCCUUUUGAUCUUUCUACUCGGUGAUAACAGAAGCGAAGCUGAAAUUCAGGUUGCACGUUUGUCUCCUGGAGCAAAGAUGUAAGUUAUCCAAAGCAAGCCUGAACUGGUUAAUGGAAUCAUGAAGUCUCGGCUUGUUCUUGUCGACAUUCUUUUCUUCCUUACCCAUCGUCAUGUGCGCCCUGUCAUUGCAACAGGACGUGAUCUGGCAGAGUACUUCCUGAGGUAUGUCGUCUCGUAGAUGCGUUUUGCACCGGCAUUGUUCUGCAUGACAAUGGACACGCAGUGCCGCUCUCACAUGCUUCUUGGACACCACAAAAACUGUUCUGUGGAGCUUUUUUUUUACCUCUUUCCUAUAAGGCAGUUGUAAAGGACAACCUCUUGUAGUUGGCGUCUAAGCAUUGGAUGCGGUUACGUCGAGUUAGUUUCUGUUUGGUUGUGGUCCUGCGUUGUUGUGCCUUUGGGUCAGAACAACGAGGGGAUUCUGUCUUGAGAUCAACUUUCUCCUGCAGGUGAAGCUGAUGAAGUACAUCUGUAAACAGCUGCAGUGCAAGCAGAAAGUGCCGGAGACGGAGAGACCCGAGGCCCUUAACAGCUACCCACGCUUACGAGACUGGCUUCGCACCAUCAACCUGCGACCGGAGCUCAUCCAGGCAGUUGAGGUGAAGCUGUCCCUGGAUUCUCUCCAGCAGAUGACAGGUGCUCAGGUGAGAGAUACCAUGAGAAGACUGGAUUCCACCUCAGAAGAAUGUGCUAAACUCAGUGCUGCCCUCUCCUGUCUGAAGAGUGCUACUGAAUCAGGAGGAGAGUUGAGAGAAGACGGUGUCUCUUGGGUGUCUGAGCCCACCAGGAGGGACAGUGGCUCUCUACUGACUGCAGAUCAGCUAACCAAUUUGGGAAACACCCUUCGCCCUCACAGUCCAUCACCUCUAGCCCGCCCUUGUACCAUUCAGUCCACCCCGUCAACUCCGUCUGCCAUCUUUCCUCGUCCCCGUUUGGGCUCGGUUUCGGCGGCGCCCACACCAGACGCGUUCGCGUCAUACACUCACGGCGAAAUCCCUCUCACGGAUCCUUUCCCUACGCCUUUAUAUCGGACGGCCCGUCUCCAGGGACACACCUCCACUCCACCCGUAACUCCACCCUCAAAGAGGCGGCACCGGCUGAAGCCGCCGUGCACUCCUCCACCUCCAUCCCGCAAGGUGCUGCAUCUGCUUCCCAACAUCUCCCUGACGCGCAGCAAGAGCCACGAGUCCCAGCUGGGGAAUCGCAUCGAGGAUCACAAGUGUGGUAAAAAGAACACGCACGUCAACGGUAACGGAUGUGAGGAUUCGCCGUCUCGCUACCCCGUCAUGUCUGCGCGAACCCCUGGAGGUACCCCCUCUGCUCCCACCACAGCACAUUACACCCUUCCAGGGACCCCCACCCUGAUGGAGGAGCACAGCGUAGUAAAGAACAAUGUAGCAGUGCACCGCAGUUCUCCGCAGCCAGUGAGGAGGGACAUCGGUCUAGCAGUCACACACAGGUUUUCUACCAAGUCUUGGUUGUCUCAGACGUGCCAAGUGUGCCAGAAGAACAUGAUGUUCGGCGUCAAAUGCAAACACUGUCGGUUAAAGUGCCAUAAUAAAUGCACAAAGGAGGCUCCGUCCUGCAGAAUCUCCUUUCUACCAAUUGCCAAAAUCAGAAGAACAGAGUCCGUUCCCUCUGAUAUAAACAACCCUGUGGACCGACCACAAGAAGCACCGCAGUUUGGUACGCUACCAAAGGCCAUCACAAAAAAGGAUCACCCUCCUGUAAUGAACCAGCUGGACUCCAGCAGCAAUCCUUCCUCCACCACGUCCUCCACACCCUCCUCCCCAGCACCCUUCCAGCAGAGCAACCCCCCCAGUGCCACGCCACCGCCCAACCCUUCACCCAAAGGCCACAGAGACAGCCGCUUCAACUUCCCAGCUGCGUGUUACUUUCAGCAUAGACAGCAGUUUAUCUUCCCCGACGUUUCCAGUCCUUCAAGUUUGUGCUCUGAUGUCAUCGAAGACACGGUCAGCGAGAUGCAGCAGUGUGCAGAUGACAUUCAUACCCAGCUGGUUGAAGAUGAAGAUGAGGAUGAGGAGGAAGGUGAGGAAGACGUCGAAGAUGAAGACGAUGAUCAAGGAGACGAGGCAGAGGACGAUGAUGAAGGGGAGGAUGAAGAGGAGAGGGAGCAGAUGAGGAUGAAUGUGGGCUCGGACGGUGAGUGCGACGAGCUGGACGAUCUUCCCUGCUCCAGGAGGAACCAGUGGAAGGGCCCCAUCUCCCGUAAGCCCAGUCAGACCAGCGUCUACCUGCAGGAGUGGGACAUUCCCUUUGAGCAGCUGGACCUCGGAGAGCUCAUUGGAAAAGGUCGCUGGGGCAGAGUGCACAAGGGUCGGUGGCAUGGCGAGGUCGCCAUCAGACUGCUGGAGAUUGACGGGAACAAUCAGGACCAUCUGAAGCUUUUUAAAAAGGAAGUGAUGAACUACAGGCAGACCAGGCAUGAGAAUGUGGUCCUGUUCAUGGGGGCCUGCAUGGCCCCCCCGCACCUAGCCAUCAUUACCAGCUUCUGUAAAGGGAGGACGCUGUAUUCAGUGGUACGGGACAGCAAGCACAAUUUGGACAUCAAUAAAACACGACAAAUCGCCCAGGAGAUUGUAAAGGGAAUGGGCUACCUUCACGCCAAAGGCAUCGUCCACAAAGACCUGAAGUCCAAGAACGUUUUCCAUGACACCAAUAAAGUUGUGAUCACUGAUUUUGGCCUGUUUGGGAUCUCUGGGGUGGUUCAGGAGGGGAGGCGUGAGAAUAAACUAAAACUUCCACACGGCUGGAUUUGUUACCUUGCACCAGAGAUCGUGCGUAAGAUGAGUCCAGGCAACAACGAGGACCGCUUGCCUUUCUCCACAGCAGCAGACGUUUACGCCUUUGGAACAAUUUGGUAUGAGCUUCAAGCGAGGGACUGGCCAAUCACCAACCAGCACAUUGAAGCCACCAUCUGGCAGGUGGGGAGUGGGGAGGGCAUCAAGAAGAUUUUGUCAGAGACCAACCUGGGCAAGGAGGUCACGGACAUCCUGUCUGCCUGCUGGGCGUACGACCUGAGAGAGAGACCCACGUUCACCCAGCUGGCCGACAUGCUGGAGAAGCUGCCCAAGCUCAACCGCAGGCUGUCUCACCCAGGACACUUCUGGAAGUCUGCAGAGUCUCGAUGAAACGACGUCGGACUUAAAUCCAUCCCCGUCAUCCCCUCAGCUCAUCUGGUUUUCAGCUGUGAUCAAACCCAGAGAGUUUCAUCAGCUGUUUUUGUUUUGUUUUCAGCAAAAACUCUUAAAAUACUUACUCUUCUCUGCUUUUCAUCCUUGAUUUGCUUUUUCACACUCUUUAUUUGCUUUUGCCAGCACUUGUCGCUUCACUACUCAUCCAUUGCUGUUUGAAGGGCAGUUUUCUCACAGCAAAUUAAAACAAUCAGAGAAAAAAGCUGCAACAGAAAACUCUAAAUCUCUCCUCUGUGUAGAAUGAACCCCAGCUUCCUCACCUGCUGAAUGUCUCUAGACUAAUGAACAGUCUUCUUUUCAGCGUAACUCCUGCAGUAACACCUUUCUUCUCCUUUGCCCCCUCUUUUUUUAUCUUCCUUCUCUAAUCUAGGUUGUAGCAGCCGCUCUGAAACAUAAGCAAUGCAAAACAAAGCCUGGGUCUGCCUUGCAUGCUCCUGAAUCCUUAACUCUUGCAGGACCGAUCAAAGAAACGUGCGCUGCUUCCACUAAUCCACAGUCUGAUCUUCCAUCUCUAACUUUAUUAUUGGCUGGAGAAGAUCGGUGGACUCAAAUGUGACCGUGGGGACGGGGGGACAGCCGCUCUUGUCCUCUUCCCUUGCUUUUCCCCCUUUCUCUCUGCCUUCCUGUGAGUAACUGGAUUGUAUGCCGAGCCCGGCGGCGUGCUGCGGUCUGUGCCUGCUGACGGCUGUUCACCUUCUCUGCUGCUGCGAUGAUGAUGAUGAUUAUAUGGUGGUUCUCCCUGGGGACCUGGCCACAUGGCGCCAUUUUUAUUUUUUCUGAGACACAAAGACACUGCUGGACAUGAAAUGGACCCGAUCACCGCUCUGUUUAUCCGUGUUCUCCUGGAGGGCUCCACAUGUUGGAGAGAUUCUCUCUCUCUCUCUCUCUCUCUCUCUCUCUCUCUCUCUCUCUCUCUCUCUCUCCUCUGCUCACUCUUUUUUAAUUUUUAUUUUUUAUUUUUUGUAUUUUCAAAGGUCUGUGUGACGGCGUGUGCUCAUGCCUGGACACAACAUGUACUUUGUGAUUUACUUUUCUUUUGCAUGCUGAUAUUUGCAGUGCUUAUGUUACAGUUUUCCUCUCCAGGAGCGGCUGGUCGGAGUUUUCUGCUCACUUUUGUCGUCUUUUAAUUGAUUAAUUUUUUUCCUUUUCUUGAGUACAAUCUGGCGAAUCACUGUUUUUGAGGCACGUUAAAGUGGGUCACUGACCGAAGUGCAUGUGGAAAUAAAAACAGGUGAAACCUGAGCAGAAACAGAAAACUACUGACUAUUUAAGAAAAAUGCAUCUGGAAAAAAAUAAGAAAUCUUUGGUUUAAAGAAGAACCUGGUGCAAAAGUGUCCAGCCUCCUCAUGUGCACACUCAUGUACUCAGGCUUUGGCUGGUGUGUAUUUUUCUGUGGGUGCAUGUGCAGCUGGGUGAGCGGAUGACGAUGUUUUUGUAAAAGACUGCUGUAAAUCUGUAAACCCAAUGGUAUGUGAUGUACAUACAUUAUUUAAUCUACAGCAAAUUAACACAACUCUUCUAAUCUUUGUAAAAGAAAAAGAGAAACCGUGCUUUUUCUGAACAGGUACUGCUAUCGCUGCGACAGAUGUGUACAUAUAUAUAUUUAUAUUUUUUCAUGUAAAAAAUCUGUAAAAAGCUGUACAUUUUUAAAGGAUGGGCCAAGUCAUGUUUUUUUAUGUUGUAUUGUUAAAAUUCAUAUUUUUGUAUUGCAUGUGAUGACCACUCUGUACACACAACUUGUUUCCAUCCAUGGAGGACAAUAAAACUGGCUUGUCAUGCAA